AUUUGUGCUUUGUUUCAUUUGCUGUAAAUUUGCUAAGAAUGUAAUAUAAGAUUAGAAUAGUGUUUAUUUGUUUGCCUAUUUAUAAGGAACCCCAUUAGCAUUAGCUAAGCACUGCAGGAGAGAGGCCCCAGACAUGAGGAGGAACGCAUGAAGGCCAGGUGAAGAGAGGGACCCGACAGCAGGAACAGUGACAGAAGGAGACAACGCGUGCGAUUGGCAGCAGUGCAUUUGUGAGUAGUGUCUCCAGUGUCGUUCACCGGGUGCAGCCGUGUUGGGAGAGGGUCGCCAUGGCUAUAAGCCAGGGCCGCUUCCGGGACAAUGGUUCUGGCCCAUUGACUGUAGAAAACACCAGUCCGCAGGCGUGUGGGGUCUCAGAGCUCUGAUGCGCAUGGAAUUUUCUCUGGAGAGUUGCCGCAGUCAGGUAAGUGAAGUUAACAUUCCCAUACAAGUAACAUUUUUUAAAAGUUUUUUUUUAACUAAAUAGCUCUUUAUAGUUUCACUGAUGUCGAGUGAGGACAUGUUAGCAGCAUUUACCCAUAGGUUUAAUGAUAUUGUCCAGUAGCUUCUCACUGAGUUAAUAUGAACCUAAAACAUUUUAACUAUGUAUUUCUUCUAAAUGCUGUCUAAAUAAUAUCAUUGUCACAUGUCUAAUGGUACAGUUUGAACUACUAAAUUACCAUUUAUUAGUAAGCUAAUAAUCGCUAAUUGGCUUACACAAGCAAACGUACUUUCAGAAAAAGUGGGUAACAUUAUCAUGAAGUUAACUUUACUGAUUUAUAUUAUUUUAAGCAAAUGCCAAAGGCAUACACUAAUUUAGAGUUUUGCUCAUUAUUUAGUAAGAAAUAUAUAUUUUGUAUAACUUAACUGAUAGCAAUGUUAAUGAUAUGUUAAGUAAUAUGAAGUAAUGUUUCUAUUUUAUAGAAAGGUUUAAGAAUAUGCAAAAACCAAAUCUCUGAGAGAUGCAACCAGAAGACGAAUGAGAAACAUACUUGAGGCUGAGAUGACAGAAACACAUGGGUGAGAAUAAAAAAUCGUAAGAAUGAUGUAUGCGCAAGGGAUUGUUGCUCUGUCUCCAUAUCUGGAAGACCCAUAUUCACAACAUGGAUAUGAACAUUACUACAAUCCAGAGGGCAGUUCAGGAUACCUUGAGUGGCGGUUGAAGACCAUUCAAAGAAAAGCUGCGGAGGAAAGAAGCGCCUCGGUUUGCAAAUCUCCCAAAAUUGGUGGGCCAGGCCAUGGUCGAUCCAGACCACUCACCACUCAGACAGUGUUAUCAGAUGAGGAUGUAAGAGCAGCUAUUGCUCUUUUGAGACACUCUGCUGAUGAAGACAUCCUUAAAAAGAUGAAAGCUACCUUCUUUUAUCGGCAUUCAAUGGUUAGCGAUGAAAAGAAUCCAGCAGAUGUCUUCAUAGGCCUGAUGCGGUUUCUGGACACACCAGGACUGAUAGAACAAGAUUUCCGACUCCUUUUUUGUGAGGUCACUGCCAGCAAAUUCUUGGAGAGGUGGCCCAUCAAUCUCAAAGCAAAGGUUGUAAAGGAAAGUCAUGGAUUUGUCUCCACCUCAGAGCUCUUGGAGUUAAUGUGCAAUGCUGAGUCAGGCUGGGACAGUGACAUGUCUGCUAUCUUGCUGCUAUAUCUGCUACCACCAUCUGCACGAGGGCAAAAGAGACCAGGAAAGAUGUCUGCAUCUCAAGCUGUCGAUAACCUCAUCAAAUUCCCAAAGGCUGGAACCAGUGUACAGCAGCAUCUAGACAACAUCACCUGAAGCAGUCAGCCCUGCUUUCUUGCUCAGGGAUCCACAAGAAGCAGCAUGCACACCUUGUGAUUGACAAGCAUGCACUUCCAUGUAAAGUGACAGGUUCAGUAGGAUCCCUUGAUGAACUCUUUAGGGCCCAUUAUGUCUUUGGUACAUCAUACAGUUCAUCCCUGACCAACUUUUUCACUUUUCUGCAAACAACUAUGACAUUGGGGAAACGUCAUAUUGCUUUCUCUAGUGAGCAUCCUAGAACUGUAUGCUAAUGCAAGGGUUUGUUACGUUAAUUAAAUGACACUGAAAUGAGAAACAUAAUAAAUGCUGUUACUUUAA